UAUGAGCACUUUCCCUUAGUCGCGGAGUCCACUACUUAUCAAGACUACGACGAGGAUUCACCGCGUGCCUGUAGGUGGAUUGCGACGAAGAAGACCGUGAAGAGCAUACAUACAUCGACGUACAGGGAGCGCCUGGACCGACUCCAGAUUCCAGAUGUCUAUUGGAUCCCAUAUGGGAAACACCGACCGGUUCGGGACUUCCAUAUGAUUUCAUGCUAUUCCGGUCUCCUGCACUGGGGGCCUAUUGCUGUGUAUUACUGACCAGAGAGGGUCAUGCGGCAGUUUGGAUACACCCAGACCAUUCCUGCUCCGCUUGUCGAUUCAUGGGUGUCGUAUGAUGAUAUACACGACAGGUGGAUGCACUAUUCGUAUCAUAUGGUUCCAGCAGGUGAGGUGUGCGUUGUGCCAGGUCAGUGUGCCAGCGACUACAUGGACUGGUUCUUCCGCAUCUCACAUCUUUUCAUGACACCAGGCCAGCCAUCAGAUCCUCUACUAGAUGGUCAUGCUCCGCAGCCCCGAGUUGCCACUCAGGCCCCAGAGACAGAUAUCCCUCACGUGCCGGAGGCAGGAGCACCGUUGACAUCUGCGAGGCCCGCUGUGGAGGAGCCUAGACAUGCAGUGUUUGCCAUGGGAUUGCUGAGAGGUUGGAGCGCCAUCUGAGCCUAGGGGUGGUCACGCCAGGCUCAUCGACACAUGAGGUGAUCGAAGAAUGCCUCAGGAUGGCCAGGAGUGUCACACAGGACCAACUAGUAUAUGUUAGGUCUCGACGCAGGUGGCGCACAGAUCAGUCGUAGUUUAUUUAUAUAUUUUAUAUUGAUAUUCAAUAUAUACAGAUAUUGUACU